AUGAAUACACUAAAAGCUGAUCUUAGAACAAUAUUAUUGCAGGAGAAAGAGCAUCCAUUGACACAGGAAAUAGAAUCACUAAUAGAACAAUCAUUUAAUCCUAAUUAUAUUAAACCAGUAAAAACAUGGGCUCUAAUCCACGAUGAAAAGAAGAGAUCAAAGCUUAUCGCGCUUCUAAAGGGAGGAAUGACUAUCAAGAAGCUACCAAAACUCGUUACAGGCGUUCUGGAACCUCAGCCUGAAUUUGUUCUUACUACAGCAACCUCUGUUAUCGAUGUAAAUCACUGCUUCCCACAAAUAUCUCCAAGAAGAAAGCAAAUGGAUGUUACAAGACGCUCCCAAAUCAUGGAGCAAGGAAUAUUUGGAAAUUCAUCAAAAUAUGCAGGAGUUCAACAACCAAAAUCAAACAUUAUCGAGUUUCAAUGCCGAAAAUUAUUCAAUCCAUUAGCAAUGGAGAGAAUUUUACCGACUGCUGAAUUAAAUAUCGCUUUUAUCAGAGAAAUAGCCAAUUGGUGUGAUACAAACGCAAACUACUAUCCAUAUAUUGACAAAGCUCCUGAUUUCGAGAGCAGUCCACGAGGACAAGCUUAUCUUUACAAAAGAAUCCUGAAAGAAGACCAUUUAAUGAAUAAUACGUAUGUACAAACCAAUCCAAACUCUCCAAGAUUAAGAGAACCUCCUUCUACAUCUAGAUCUUUAAUGUAUUCAGUAUAUAAAGAUACAUUUUCCCCAGAAUCCACAAAAGGCUUCAAACCAUCGAAUCCUGUUAUUCCUCCAUUAGGACAAUGUCCUUUCAGUCGUUAUCCACAAGUAAAUGCAGAAGAAUACGUAUAUACUAAUGAACAAGUUCAGGAACAGUGUUUAAGCAAUCGAACUGCAAGAAGAGCUUUUAGAAACGUAUUUAAUGCUAAGACACAUAUCUAA